AUGCAAGAUAAAGCCAAAGACACAAUUCAAUUAGUGAAAAACGAGCUGGACAAAAUGGACCUAACAUUAAAUCUUGAAAAGACAGACGCAGUUUUACUGUCGGGGAGGAGAAAACUACCGGAAUUAAAAAUUAAGAUAUCGGAAAACUUUUACUUCAAAACACAAAAAAAAAUAAAAUACCUCGGACUAGUAAUAGACAAAGACCUUAGAAUGGCAGCUCAUGUAGACCAUGUGGUUAGUCAUGCAGAGAAAAAAGCCGUUGCAAUAAUGAGACUAAUGCCAAAUAUUGGAGGCCCCGGAGACACUACUAGAAGGAUAUAUGCGAUGGUAGCCAAAUCGGUAAUAAUGUACGCAGCCCCCUUAUGGAUGAAAGUGUGGAAAACAAAAAUUUACAAAGAAAAACUGGAAAGGCUAAACCGACGUUUAGCCAUAAGGGUGGCCAGAGCAUACAGAACGGUGAGACAUAGUGCAGUAUUGGUAAUAGCGGGUCUGCCACCACUAGAACUCCUGGCAAUAGAAAAGGACGACAUAGAGAAAGGGAAAAGCAAGGAAACGAGCAGAAGAGACCUACUAACAAAUUGGCAAGCAAGGUGGAACGAAGAAAGGUGUUGGACAAAAGAGCUGAUAAAAAAUAUUGAGCCUUGGAUAAACAGAGGACAUGGAGAGCUAAACUACAAUCUGAGCAUGGUGUUAACUGGACAUGGAACCUUUAAUACAUACAGAAAAAGAAUAAAAAAAGAUGAAACGGGUCUGUGCUGGUUCUGUGAAGAGGACGUAAAGGAUACCCCCGAACAUGCAGUAUUUGAAUGUAAAAGAUUCAAGGAAAAAAGGCUAGAGCUAAACAUGAAAAUAAAGGAUAGUAUAACGAAAGAAAACAUGACAAAUAUGAUGAUAAAGAACGAGAAAAACUGGAAUGACAUAAACAAAUACAUAAAUGACAUAAUGGACGUAAAAAGAGAGAAAGAAAGAAGUAUAGAAAGGAAAAAAUAG